AUCGCGAUUGACUCGGAAGGCCAACGCAACGUGACACCACAAGAAGAUGGACCUCACGGGAUGGCCGCCCAUGCCAACGGCCGUCGCGAUUGUGGUGUUGUUGCUGGCCUGUUAUUUAAUCCGUCUCAACCAGUUGCUGCUCCGCACCCCCGACGAGGUCCGGAAGUUGACGCCAACGCGAUGGACGAAAGACCUACUCUUUGACACUUACCGGCGGAUGGAAAACCGCCCGGUCACAACCGGCAGCUAUGCCACACGCAUCCCGCCGAAGCUCGAUAGACGCUACAUCGUCACCGGCGGCUCUGGUCUUGUGGGAGGCUACAUUGUCCUGCAGCUCCUUGAGCGGGGCACCCCUCCAGAGGCCAUCCGUAUCGUCGACUUCCGGCCCCCCAACCGAGCCGACAUGAGCCACGGACCGGCCUCGGAAGUCGAUUUCGUCCAGACCGACAUCUCGUCGGCCGAGGCGACGGACAAGGCGUUCAGGAAGCCCUGGGAUCCGUCAAUAGCGAAACUGCCUCUGACUGUGUUCCACACGGCCGCCGUUAUCGUUCCCUCGGACCGCUCUAAGCUUGUCUAUGGCUUCUGCGAGGCAGUCAACGUAACGGGCACCCAGAACGUGGUCGACGCCGCGCGGCGGGCCGGCGCUGACGUGCUCGUCUCCACGACGUCCGGCAGCAUCAGCAUCCGGCCGGUUGAGUUGUUUGUGCCCCCCUGGAGACUGUGGUCGAACGGCGGCGGGAGCUGCUGGCCACGCCACUUCUGGCAGGUCCUGGACGUGAAGGACUUCUUCGAGCCACUCCGGCCGCACGAGCAGUUCUUCGCCAACUAUCCCGCCUCGAAAGCCGCUGCCGAGAGGAUUGUGUGCGCGGCGAACUCCAAGGAGCUCCGCACCGGCUGCAUCCGCCCCGCCAACGGAGUCUAUGGCAAUCCCACCGACAACACCGUCGGCGGGGCGCUGGCAAACGCUGUCCUCCCAACGUGGACCUCCCAUAUCGUCCAAAGCUUCGUCCACGGCAUCAACGUGGCCGUCGCCCAUCUCGACUUCGAGGCCAUCCUCGCUGCGGAGGACUCGGCCUCGCGCCCGCAGGCGGGACGCCCGUUCGUCGUCACUGACCCCAACCCCCCAAUUACCUACAGUGAUCUGUACUUUCUCGUGCAGACUCUGGCCGUCACGCCGUUCCGCAUCCUCUCCCUCUCGCCCGUCGUCAUGGUCUUGCUGUCGUACCCCAUCGAGUGGUACUCCCUGUUGCGCGUCAAGUACCCAUUCGUGGGCCGUCUGCUCCCCGAGCUCACCGGCGACGUGAAGCAUCUGAAACCGGGCAUAUUCUCCAUCUGCACGCACCUCGUGGCGUCCAACGCGGAGGCGAGCCGGCCGGUGAGCGAAGGUGGGCUUGGAUAUACGGGCGUGCUGACGACGUUGGAGGGCAUGGUGCAGGAGGUGGUGGAGUGGAACCGCGAUCAUAAAGACGUGCCGGGAACGCGAAAGGCGUACCAGACCAGUGUCUCGCUCGCGGACGAGAUAGCCAAGGCUGCCGCGGCUGCUAAGUUGGUCGCCGGCGGCUAGAAAGCUCACCUGAAUACACAUUCAGUACAUGUAAUAUAAGGGUAGCCGCCGUCUUCCGUUGCUGCUGUCCCCUCAUCCGCGGCUUAGGUGAAGUCAGUACAACAACAGUUGCGCUUCUCCGAGGUGGA